AUGAAUUAUCUACUUCGGAUUUGUUUUAUCACUAAUUAGAUUUUUACUUUUCAAUCAUCUAAAUCAUAUAAAGGAACUCAAAAUUUAUUGAUAUUCAAAAUGGAUAUGAAUUAGAAAUUUUAGAUUGCCAAAAAUAUAUCUUUAUAAGGAAAGGGUCAACAUGAUUUAGGGGAUUGCCAACCAAUUUAUGUUACUUCUAAGCAAAUAUUAAUUAUCAAAAAUGGUUAUUUCAUAAAUAUUAUAAGAUUUAUUCUAUACAAUCCUUAAUUUAAAGGAUUAGAUGGGGAAUUCAACUAUUAGUUAGAAUAAUCAAUUAUUUUUGGUUAUGAUUGUGUAUAUGGAACAAUUAGUCAUGAUGGGCAAUUCUUAAUUACUUGGGAUUAUAGAUCUCAUACGACUUAAAUAAAAAAUAUUAUCAGAAGAUUGAUCAAUAAAUUAGAGCAAGUUUUAUUAAAAAUAAUAUUCAUUAUUAAUUAUAAAGAAAUAUUUUUAUUAUUUUAUAUUAUAAAAAUAAUAAAUUUGAUUUAUUUUAUCAAAUAAUCAUUUAUUCAACACAAAAUAUUGCUAACUGCUGCAACAUAAUUAUAGAUUACAACUAAAUUAAUAAAGUGA